AUUUCACCCACUACGACAAUUCCUAUGAGCAGCGACACCUUUCCAGUCUAUGACUCUUGCGGCCGAACAAUCCAGGACGGUGAUAUAUUCUACAUCAGCCUAUUCGAGGACUGUUUUGCUGCAAGUGCUCACAGCGACGGAAUAUUCUUCAGUGAAGGCUCGUUUGAGUCUGGAAGCCAGUUCACGAUCGAGACCGUAGAUGGCUUCAAAUACAUCAAGGCUGUGAGAUAUGAUGGCUACAUUGUUGUGAACGAAAUAGGGAGAGAAGGAUGCCUCGACUUGGUGAUUCUGUCCAAAGAGCUGCCUGAGCCUGAGAACCGCCUCUGCAUUGUACAGCAUGAGCGAUUCAAGAGUAUCAUGCACCUAAAGACUGCGGACGGAUCGGAAUCAGUUGAGCUCAUGCUUCUCAAGUCGUCGUGCGGGCUAUUCAACCUCAGUAGUAGACACGCACUUUUUCAGUUCAAGCGCGGUAACGACGGUGAUCUGUAGAAUAUUUCGUUGAUAGCCCCACUCUUGCUCACUUUGAUGCAACACAAAACGACAUGGGUUUUUGUACCACCCAGUUAAUAACAGGUGCCACAGUGGUGUGAAUGAGAACAUAAAACUCGUGUUUACUUUAAACCACAUAUUGCGUUCAAGC